UUUCUGCUGCUUAUCCGUCUCCAUUUGAUUAGUCUUUUAUUAGAGGAACGUUAAAGUUGGGGUCCAGGUUUUCAGAGGAAGUAAGAACUGAAAUAAUAAACGCGCAGAUUUAAUCAGUGUCUCCAAACAGAUAAAUUAGUUUAGAUGUAAAAAAAAAAUCCCAAACAUUUCAUCUGAUCCAUGGUGGGCGCUCUCCGUGGUGCUGAAGGACUUUCUCUAACGAGCUCAGAUCAGACUAACUGACCAGCCUCUCACCUCCCCACAGAGAUCCAGAGGAUCUGCGGAACAAACGCAGGUUUCUCCAGAGGACACCGGCUCAGUUCGGCUCUAUACGCAGAGACUUUCCAAAAAGAAACUUUCCAUAAUUCAACGUCUUCCUGAAACAGCCCGUGUGUUGGAUCCCCAAAUAGUCAGAAAAUGUCUAAUGAGGGAAACAUCAGCCACUCAGGGUCCGCGGGUGUGAGCUUGGCACAGACUAGAGAAGCCGAGGUGAAGCAAAGCGCCAGAGACUCCACUCGGUAAGAGGUGGACAUCCAGAGAGAGCCAGUAGAGCGGAGGUCAGCGAGCCGACACCAGCGCGUCCUCAAACGAUGGGGAUGAAGCACCUCCUGCUGCUUUUCAUUUCCCUGGACCCGCUGAAUGUCCUGUGCGCCGCCGCCACCGCCAGCAAGAGGAGCAAGAGCCCGCCGAGGAGGAACCCGAAGGCGAAGGAGGUGACCGCCAACAGCACCGCGCUGCCCGCCGCCGCCGCCCCGCGGAAAGUCACCCAGCUCCAGGCUCCGUCCGCGGGUUCCCACGACACCUGCCGGGGUUACUACGACGUGAGCGGCCAGUACGACAAGGAGUUCUCCUGCAACAACACCGACCACCGCUUCUGCUGCGGCAGCUGCUUCCUGCGCUUCUGCUGCGCGGACCGCGGGAAGCGGCUGGAGCAGAAGUCCUGCAACAACUACAACACCCCGGAGUGGGUCAAGGUCCCGUCCCCCACCCCGACCCCCGCCGGGGACAUCUACGACCCGGAGCUGGACCAGACCAACACCACGGUCUACAUCACCUGCGGGGUCAUCGCGCUCAUCAUCGCCAUUGGGAUUUUUGCUAAAGUUGCUUAUGAUAAAGCCACGAAGCCGCCGCAGGAGAUGAACGUUCACAGAGCGCUGGCGGACAUCCUGAGGCAACAAGGGUCGGCUUCGGCUUCGCAGUUUGAGCAUGAAAACAUGGCGGCCAUUGACGGUUCUCCCAAAGACGAGACGCCGGUCCGGAGCUCGAAGAACCACUACACACCGGUCCACACCAAGACGUCCAACCACGGGCAUUAUGGGAAGGACACGCUGCGUCCCGGAGGACCAGACAUGCAUAACUUCAUCUCCUCUGGGUUCGUCACUCUGGGCCGGAGCCACCUGAAAGCGCAGCAAUCCAUCGACGAAUCGGGCCAGAUGUCCUGGCAGGCCGACCUGGACAUCCCCAUGUCCUACGGAAACCACCACCAUGAGUACCAGCACAGCCACCUGGACCUGACGGCGCUCACUCCCAAACUGGCCCACAGACAAAUGGGAUACGACCGGCCGCAGCGGAUCAACAACAUCCUGACCUCGGCCACCGAGCCCUACGACGUUUCGCUGUCCAGAUCCUUCCAGAACCUGAGCCACCUGCAGCCGUCCUACGAGCUGCCGCUCAAGCCUGACUUAAGUAAAUACUCUCCUCACAGACUAAGCGAUAAGGACAUGGAUGAUUAUUACCCCAGGAAGCAUCUUCAUCCUGACUUUGCUGGUCGAGGACCAACCCACUUGGUGAAGCUGAAUGCUGAGCCCCACCAGCACCACCAGCACCACCAGCACCACCAGCAGCACCAGCAGCGGCAGCGCCCCCGGCGGGUGCAGAGGGCCAUGUCCCAGGACCACGUCCUGUCCCCCCCCAGGACGCCGCGGCGUGGAGACUACAGCUUGUCGUCGUACGGCGCCAUGGCAGCCGCCGCGUACGGAAGCAGCCGCAACCUCUCAAACGAGCAGCUGCUGUCGGCGGACCGCCUCCUCUCCCAGGAUCCUCUGCUGUCCCCGGCGAUGAGGCGCGACAAGUUCCGGGAGAAGGCCAUGGCGCGGGCGAUGUCUCACGCCGACAUGCUAAUGCCUACCACGCCGGUCAUGGACCGCCACAAGAUGACCAAGAUGCACUCCCAACCCAGUGCCUCCAAUGACUCGUACAACACGCUGAUGGUCAACCAUCACGCCGGCACGUCCACGUCCAAGAGGCAGGCGUUCGCGUCCCGACGGACACACACGGUGGACCACCUGCAGUACAUCCCCGGCCACCACCACGAGUACCGCACUGCCAGUAAGAACGAGCUUUGUGUGUGAUCCAGAAUUUGGACGACUAGGAAAAUCCUGGCAAAGACUUUUUUUCUCUGAGAGCAUCAUAAGGGCUUUGCGCGUUGACACAAAGAUCCUUCCUGUCGGACGCAGGACAGAGUGAAGAAAAUAUUUUUUAAACCGGACGUAGGACUCAAAGGGAAUUGUACCACCUUUAUAGACAUAUAAAUGAACUCUCUUUGCUGUUUGUAUUUCCAGUCUUUGUUAUAGCUUUAGAGAUACUCAUUAUCUGAUGUACGCACUUCAAUUGGUGCCUCUUGAAAUUGUCCCAUUUCAGCAGUGAAAGGGAUCUGUGGGUUAAAAAGCACAAUUAAUGAAUUCCCAUGUUUUGGAUUAGGUUUUCUGUUCUUUGACAAACGGCCGGAACAUAUCAGCUUAGACUAUAAGUGGAACAGGCUAUUUUUGUUGCAUACUAUGGAUGAUUGUAAAUAUGCUAUUUUAGCUGCAUAAUGGCCCUCUGGACUGCUGUCCCAACUGACGUUUAUUAGGUGUUUCCAUUUAUUAAUUCUGUUUUAGAUAUGGAAAAGUUCCCAGAUUAGUAUUAUUUCCACCGAUGUCUGUAAAUUAUGUGGAUCUAAUAUGUGCGUUGGGAGAGUUUCUGUUGUUUUCUAACCCAGCUGGUGGCGCAGAAUGGCUUCGUAUGAAACGUCAUUUUUUGGCCAGUUGCUUCCAUCUCUACAAAUCAGGCCUCAGCGUUGCGGAUCGUCUAGAGUCUGACGAAAACAAUCAGUCUGAAGACGUUGUCAUGCUUGGUUGACGAGAUGUCACGUGCCAAUCAAACGCUGAUUAAACUGUGAAAUGUU